AUGGAAAUCGUCGGCUAUACAUACUGCUAUAUCUCCAACCAUAAAGAUCGAUACAAUAAGAUCUACUUCAUCGUUCAAUACUUCUUCAUCGUCACGGCUCCGGUCCUGAUCUCCGCUAGCAUCUAUGUGUGCUUGACGAAAUUGAUUCGAUGGUCUGUCCACGAUACGGCUGGAGCAUUUCAGAUCAGUGGAUUACAGCCGAGGCCUAUACUCUGGCUCUUCAUCAGUGCUGAUGUUGUGACAACGAUAAUUCAAAUGACUGGCGCGGCCUUGAUCGGGAACAAGACCUCUAAACACGAAGAUCCGACGACUGCGAACAACAUCCUGCUUGCAGGCCUUGCAGUCCAGACUUUCUGUUUUGUCAUCUUUCUCCUGCUAUUCGCCCUUUUCACCCAUGGCGUCAUCAACAGCAAGCUUGAAGUUUAUAGGAAACGACCAUUCAUCAUUGCCCUGGCUGUGGCCAGCGCUCUGGUAUGUUUGCGAACAAUCUUCAGGCUCGUAGAGACCAGUCAAGGCGUCUUUUCAUACUUGAGCACUCACGAGGUCUUUUUUGGGAGCUUAGAAUUCAUGCCGAUUGUGUUGGCCAUCGCAUUUCUGGCUAUCUGGCACCCGGCAAGAUGGGUCAGAGACGAGCAAUAG